AUGACAUUAACAACACGAACUUGGGGUUAUUUCAAGAAUAUACCAAUGGAAACGAGUUGUGGGCAGACAGCGACGUGUAAAAACGGUAAUAUUGAAAUGAAUGGAAUUCCAAGUCCUCAAAAAGAGUUUGAUUACUUUUUAUAUGAGGGUAUAUUAGAUAAUGCAAACAAUGAAAUUAAAAGAUUAAAAGAUGAAAUGACUUUAAAAGCUAAAGAAUUUGCAGAUCAUCAGGCGAAGGAAAAAAUAAAAUUAGAUAUAUUAGAAAGUUAUAAAAAUAAUACUAUUAAUGCUUUAAAAUCAAAUUCAUAUGAUAAAAAAUUUUUGAUACCUACAGAUUUACAAGAAAAUUUACAAGAUUCAAAUAGAAUAGGAAGAAAAAGAACUUAUGAAGAGAUAAAUGAAUCUGUUUCCUAUAUUGAUAAAUUUAUAGCUCCUAAUAAUAUUGAAGCAUUAUUAUCAAGUAGUUUUUUAAAUAUUCCUGAAAUUAAUAAUCAAGAAACAAGUAAUUAUGAAGAAUCUAAUGAUUAUGAUAGUUCAAGUAUGUUAAGUUGUAUUAAAGAAUUAAUAAAUGGUCAAAGAUUACUCAUGGAUAAAAUUGAUAAUAUGCAUAAAAGACAAGAUUUAUUAGAAAAUCAAUUAACAAAUAUUGAAGAAAUGAUUGGUGAUGCUACAAGGAAUAUGUUUAAUAGAAGAUUUGACAGAGAUCCACUUUCUUCAAAUGUUUCUAAGUAUGAAAUGAAAAUUAAUAAAAAAAGAGUUAGAAUUGAUUUAACAAGUAUAGAUGUUAUCAGGUGUUAUGUUAUGAAUAAUAGAAGAGAUAUGAAAGAGAAAGAAACGUUAAGUCUUGGGUUGAUAGAUUUUUUGGAUAAUUAUUUAGAUAAAGACAUAAUUACAUUGAUAGGGACGCCAAAAGAAUUUGCCAGAAAGGUUGUAGAUCAAUUAAUGACUGCCGACCAACAAUUGCGGCACAAAUUUUCAUAUUCUUUUGAGAAACGAUCAAAAAGAGUUGGAUUGAGAGAAGACAUUAAGAAUGAUGUAAUUAAUAGUAUUCUAUAUGCUGGUGCAAGUAUUUUAGUUAAAGAACAGUUGCCUUUAUAUUUUACACAUGCAUUUGAAGGAAUUAAUAGUAGAGCUUCAAAUUGGAGUAAAACUGGAAAAUGUCAUACAAUGAUACAUCCAGAUUUAUGUGAAGUUUAUUUUCAAAAUAUUGACGUUGGUGUAAUGAAUGAGGAUGGAAAAGAUGAGUAUGAUGAAAUUCACCAAUAA